UCCGAUUUAAAAAAAAAAAAUAAUAAAAUGUGUUCAAAUAUUUGUGUUGGUGUGCGUCCUUUCGGGUCCUUUGAUGGUUCGUCGUGGCAGGUGACAAAUGGCUGUGCCUUAGAAAGCCGCAAUGGAUCAUCUGUCUUUGACUUUGUGUUCGACCAUGAGGCAUCGAACUAGGAGCUUUUCAAUUGCAUGGCAAAGCCUAUUGUGAACAAAUUGAUAUCUGGACUGAAUGGCACAAUAAUUACAUACGGUGGGACAUCGACAGGCAAAACCCAUACAAUGCUGGGCGAUGACCAAAACCCGGGGGUAAUAGAGCUGGCAACAAAGGAAGUAUUUGAAACGAUUGGCAAUGAUAAGGAACGCAGCUUUCUGCUGCGUCUUCAGUUCAUAGAAGUAAAUAAUAAAAUCAUAUCCGAUCUGAUUAGAAAGAGGCAGACUGAAGUCCAGAUAACAGAUACUGGGAAUGGUAAUGUGAAGGAAAACUCCGAAGAGUACUUGGUGAGCAGCAAGGAGGAGCUGAUGCAGUGGCUCUCCUUGGGGAAAAAAAGCGCUCCAAGCGCUCGCACGCCAUACUUCGCAUUAUCAUCGAGUCGUGCUCCAUUAGUGCUCAACCGGAUGAUCCAGUCAUGCAAAGCGUUUUCAAUUUGGUGGAUCUGGCUGGAUGUAGCAACAUAAUGCACAUGUCAAACACCAAUGUUAGCUUCAGAGACCAGCAG